AUGCAUCCACAAGUACAACCACCACAGUACAACCACCACAGUACAACCACCACAGGUACAACCACAACUAAUAUAACCACAAGUACAACCACCACAGGUACCACCACAACUAAUACAAGUACAAGUACAAACACCACAGGUACCACCACAACUAAUACAACCACAAGUACAACCACCACAGGUACCACCACUACUAGUACAACCACAAGUACAACCACCACAGUUACCACCACUACUAGUACAACUACAAGUACAACCACCACAGGUACCACCACAAUUAAUACAACCACAAGUACAACCACCACAGGCAACACCACAACUAAUACAACUACAUGUACAUCCACCACAGGUAUCACCACAACUAGUACAGCCACAAGUACAACCACCACAGGUACAACCACGACUUAUACAACCACAAGUACAACCACCACAGGUACAACCACAACUAAUACAACCGCGAGUAAAACCACCACAGGUACGACCACUACUAGUACAACUACAAAUCCAGCCACCACAGGUACCACCACAACUAAUGCAUUCACAAGUACAACCACCACAGGUACCUCCACAACUAAUACAACCACAAGUACAACCACCACAGGUACAACCACAACUAAUACAUCCACAAGUACAACAAUCACAGGUACCACUACAACUAAUACAUCCACAAGUACAAUAAUCACAGGUACCACCACAACUAAUGCUUCCACAAGUACAACCACCACAGGUACCACCACUACUAGUACAGCCACAAGUACAACCACCACAGGUACUGCCACAACUAAUACAACUACAAAUACAACCACAACAGGUACCACCACAACUAAUGCAUCCACAAGUACAACCACCACAGGUACAACCACAACUAAUGCAACCACAAGUACACCAUGCACAGGUACAACCACAGCUAAUACAACUACAAGUACAACUACCACAGGUACCACCACAACUAGUACAGCCACAAGUACAACCACCACAGGUACAACCCCAACUGAUACAACCACAAGUAAAACCACCACAGGUACCACCACAACUAAUGCAUCCCCAAGUACAACCACCACAUGUACAACCACAACUAAUACAACUACAAGUACAACCACCACAGGUACCACCACAACUAAUGCAUCCACAAGUACAACCACCACAGGCAACACCACAACUAAUACAACUACAUGUACAUCCACCACAGCCACCACAGGUACCACCACAACUAAUGCAUUCACAAGUACAACCACCACAGGUACCUCCACAACUAAUACAACCACAAGUACAACCACCACAGGUACAACCACAACUAAUACAUCCACAAGUACAACAAUCACAGGUACCACUACAACUAAUACAUCCACAAGUACAAUAAUCACAGGUACCACCACAACUAAUGCUUCCACAAGUACAACCACCACAGGUACCACCACUACUAGUACAGCCACAAGUACAACCACCACAGGUACUGCCACAACUAAUACAACUACAAAUACAACCACAACAGGUACCACCACAACUAAUGCAUCCACAAGUACAACCACCACAGGUACAACCACAACUAAUGCAACCACAAGUACACCAUGCACAGGUACAACCACAACUAAUACAACUACAAGUACAACUACCACAGGUACCACCACAACUAGUACAGCCACAAGUACAACCACCACAGGUACAACCCCAACUGAUACAACCACAAGUAAAACCACCACAGGUACCACCACAACUAAUGCAUCCCCAAGUACAACCACCACAUGUACAACCACAACUAAUACAACUACAAGUACAACCACCACAGGUACCACCACAACUAAUGCAUCCACAAGUACAACCACCACAGGUACCACUACAUCCCCCACAGAUACCAUCACUACUAGUACAGCCACAAGUACAACCACCACAGGUACCACCACAACUAGUACAGCCACAAGUACAACCCCCACAGGUACAACCACAACUAAUACAACCACAAGUACAACCACCACAGGUACCACCACAACUGGUACAGCCACAAGUACAAGCACCACAGGUACCAUCACAACUAAUACAACCACAAGUACAACCACCACAGGUACUACCACAACUAAUACAACAACAAGUACAACCCCCACAGGUACAACCACAACUAAUGCAACCACAAGUACAACCACCACAGGUACAACCACAACUAAUACAACUACAAGUACAACCACCACAGGUACAACCACAACUAAUGCAUCCACAAGUACAACCACCACAGGUACCACCACUUCUAGUCCAGCCAUAAGUAUAACCACCACAGGUACCAUCACAAGUACAACCACCACAGGAACCACGACAACUAGUACAGCCACAAAUACAACCACCACAGGUACAACCACAGCUAAUGCAUCCACAAGUACAACCACCAUAGGUGCCACCACAACUAAUGCAUCCACAAGUACAACCACCACAGGUACCCCCACAACUAAUAUAACCACAAGUACAACCACCACAGGUACCACCACUACUAAUGCAUCCACAAGAACAACCACCACAGAUGCCACCACAACUAAUGCAUCCACAAGUACAACCACCACAGGUACCCCCACAACUAAUAUAACCACAAGUACAACCACCACAGGUACCCCCACAACUAAUAUAACCACAAGUACAACCACCACAGGUGCCACCACUACUAAUGCAUCCACAAGAACAACCACCACAGGUACAACCACAACUAGUACCACCAGAAGUACAACCACCACAGGUACAACCACUACUAGUACAGCCACAAGUUAA